UAAGCCUUUCGCAUGAAGUUUGAUAUUACCAGUAUAUAAAUAUACGACAAUUGUUAACGAUCAUUAGUAUGCAUCUACUAGCUGUAGAGCUGCCAUGAUGAAGUUCACAUUAGGACUAUUUGCUGUCUUGGCCAUUAUUGGUCUGGGACAAGCUCACCAGUUCCCAGACUUUGGCAAAGGACCUCUCCAUGAAGAUCUUCAAGAUAUUCUAGAUUUACUCCCUCUAGAAAAAAUGGCUGAUGUCUUCGAGGAUUAUAUAAUGUAUGAUAAUGAAGUACAAAAUUUUUUUGAAGACCUUGCAAAUAAUAUUAAAGUUGACGACCUGCUGGGGGAUAUUAUAAAAAUUCCCCAAGUGAUGAGGCUUUUAAUUUAUCUGCAGAGGGAAGGUAUCAAUAUCUUGCCGAAUAUCAAUACGAUUAACAAAUUAUUCGAUAUCAAGGAAUUUGUACCACCUAGCUCUCAAACAUACUCUGUAAAGGAGAGAACCGGUGGACUCCGCGGAUUCUUCAAAGACAUGAAAAAACAUAUCGAUUACGAUGUCUUUAUUAGUAUAUACGUAGAUAAAUUAAAAACCUCUAAAGCCUUUGUCAACUUCAUUAAUCAACUUAAAUCUGACAAUUUUCAACAAAUUGUUAACAAAGUUAGCAAAAUUGAAGCCGUCCAAUACAUCGUAAGUCGUCUUGAAGCCAGCUCAGUCAAUGUAAAAAUUGUGGAAGAUAUCUUGUAUCUCCUUUUCGGUAUUAAUGUGCCAAAAUCUUCUCCAAAAACCUUAAUAGACGAGUUAAUGGAUUUCGUCAUGCUUAUUCCGCAAGAAAAGUUUGUUGACAUAAUGGUUAAGUAUUUAAAUGAAGACGCAAAAGUACAAGAAACUAUACAAUUCAUGUUCACAAAUGAAUUCCACGAUAUACUACGUGCACUUGAAGCUCUCGAGGAACAUCAGGCACUCGUAAUACAUAUAGAAAAGGCUGGAUUCCCUAUGAUUGAAUAUCUUAGCAACCUACAUCGUGCCAUCGGCAUGGAAGACUAUGUACCACCCAAGAUAGAGAACUUUUUAAAAUCUCUAGUUAGGACGCAAAAGAUCGGUGAUGGUCUGCAAGGAAUGAUCAAAGAUCUUUAUGAUAUAUUACCAUUGGACAAAAUUGACGCUCUUUAUGAAGAGAAGAUGAAGACUUCCAAAGUUUUCGCUGAUUUCAUCACGGCGGUUACAUCCGAGGAAAUGCUAGAAAUUCUCCAUGCUAUAGGCGUUCACGAGACCUAUAAGGAAUUUACCACGAAGACCAAAGAAAAAGGACUGGAUGUGGAAGAAUUAGUAAAACUUAAUAUAAGAAUAAUUGGUAUUAAAUCUCCUUCAAAAACUUUAAUAGACGAGUUAAUGGAUUUCGCCAUGCUCAUUCCGCAAGAAAAGUAUGUUGACAUAAUAGUCAAGUAUUUCAAUGAAGACGCAAAAGUACAAGAAGCAAUAGAAUUCAUGUUCACAAACGAAUUCCACGAUAUACUGCGUGCUCUUGAAGCUCUUAAGGAACAUCAAGCACUCGUAAUAUAUAUAGAAAAAACUGGAUUCCCUAUAAUUGAAACUCUCAAGAACUUUCAUCGUAUAAUCGGCAUGGAAGACUUUGUACCGCCUAAGAUAGAGAGUUUCUUAAAAUCUCUAGUUAGGACGCAAAAGAUCGGUGAUGGGCUGCAAGGAAUGAUCAAAGAUCUUUAUGAUAUAUUACCAUUGGACAAAAUUGAUGCUCUUUAUAAAGAAAAGAUGAAGACAUCCAAAGUUUUCGCUGAUUUCAUCACGGCGGUUACGUCCGAUGAAAUGCUAGAAAUUCUCCGUGCUAUAGGCGUUCACGAGACCUAUAAGGAAUUCACCACGAAAACCAAAGAAAAGGGACUGGAUGUGGAAGAAAUAGUAAAAUUCAAUAUAAGAAUAAUUGGUAUUAAAUCUCCUUCGAAAACUUUAAUGGAAGAGUUAGUGGAUUUCGUCAUGCUCAUUCCGAUAGAAGAGUUUGUUGACAUAAUGGUCAAGUAUUCAAAUGAAGACGCAAAAGUACAAGAAGCUAUAGAAUUCAUGUUCACAAAUGAAUUCCACGAUAUGCUGCGUGCUCUCGAAGCUCUUGAGGAAAUUGAUGCACUCGUAGUACAUUUAGAAAAGGCUGGAUUCCCUAUGAUGGAAUAUCUCAGCAAUCUACAUCGUGCCAUCGGCAUGGAAGACUAUGUACCACCCAAGAUAGAGAACUUUUUAAAAUCUCUAGUUAGGACGCAAAAGAUCGGUGAUGGAAUGCGAGGAAUGAUCAAAGAUCUUUAUGAUAUAUUACCUUUGGACAAAAUUGACGCUCUUUAUGAAGAGAAGAUGAAGACUUCCAAAGUUUUCGCUGAUUUCAUCACGGCGGUUACAUCCGAGGAAAUGCUAGAAAUUCUCCGUGCUAUAGGUGUUCACGAGACCUAUAAGGAAUUUACCACGAAGACCAAAGAAAAAGGAUUGGAAGUAGAAGAAAUAGCGAAACUCAAUGUAAGAAUGAUUGGUAUUAAAUCUCCUUCAAAAACCUUAAUAGAAGAGAUAGUGGAUUUCGUCAUGCUCAUUCCGCAAGAAAAGUAUGUUGACAUAAUAGUCAAGUAUUUCAAUGAAGACGCAAAAGUACAAGAAGCAAUAGAAUUCAUGUUCACAAACGAAUUCCACGAUAUACUGCGUGCUCUUGAAGCUCUUAAGGAACAUCAAGCACUCGUAAUAUAUAUAGAAAAGGCUGGAUUCCCUAUAAUUGAAACUCUCAAGAACUUUCAUCGUAUAAUCGGCAUGGAAGACUUUGUACCGCCUAAGAUAGAGAGUUUCUUAAAAUCUCUAGUUAGGACGCAAAAGAUCGGUGAUGGACUGCAAGGAAUGAUCAAAGAUCUUUAUGAUAUAUUACCAUUGGACAAAAUUGAUGCUCUUUAUAAAGAAAAGAUGAAGACAUCCAAAGUUUUCGCUGAUUUCAUCAUGGCGGUUACGUCCAAGGAAAUGCUAGAAAUUCUCCGUGCUAUAGGCGUUCACGAGACCUAUAAGGAAUUCACCACGAAAACCAAAGAAAAAGGACUAGAUGUGGAAGAAAUAGUAAAAUUCAAUAUAAGAAUAAUUGGUAUUAAAUCUCCUUCAAAAACCUUAAUGGAAGAGUUAGUGGAUUUCGUCAUGCUCAUUCCGAUAGAAGAGUUUGUUGACAUAAUGGUCAAGUAUUCAAAUGAAGACGCAAAAGUACAAGAAGCUAUAGAAUUCAUGUUCACAAAUGAAUUCCACGAUAUGCUGCGUGCUCUCGAAGCUCUUGAGGAAAUUGAUGCACUCGUAGUACAUUUAGAAAAGGCUGGAUUCCCUAUGAUGGAAUAUCUCAGCAAUCUACAUCGUGCCAUCGGCAUGGAAGACUAUGUACCACCCAAGAUAGAGAACUUUUUAAAGUCUCUAGUUAGGACGCAAAAGAUCGGUGAUGGAAUGCAAGGAAUGAUCAAAGAUCUUUAUGAUAUAUUACCUUUGGACAAAAUUGACGCUCUUUAUGAAGAGAAGAUGAAGACUUCCAAAGUUUUCGCUGAUUUCAUCAUGGCGGUUACAUCCGAGGAAAUGCUAGAAAUUCUCCGUGCUAUAGGUGUUCACGAGACCUAUAAGGAAUUUACCACGAAGACCAAAGAAAAAGGAUUGGAAGUAGAAGAAAUAGCGAAACUCAAUGUAAGAAUGAUUGGUAUUAAAUCUCCUUCAAAAACCUUAAUAGAAGAGAUAGUGGAUUUCGUCAUGCUCAUUCCGCUACAAGAGUUCGCUGAUAUAAUAGUCAAGUAUGUAAAUGAAGACGCAAAAGUACAAGAAGCUAUACAAUUCAUAUUCACAAAUGAAUUCCACGAUAUGCUGCGUGCUCUCGAAGCUCUUGAGGAAUAUGAUGCACUCGUAGUACAUUUAGAAAAGGCUGGAUUCCCUAUGAUUGAAUAUCUUAGCAACCUACAUCGUUCCAUCGGUAUGGAAGAUUAUGUACCACCCAAGAUAGAGAGCUUUUUAAAAUCUCUAGUUAGGACGCAAAAGAUCGGUGAUGGAAUGCAAGGAAUGAUCAAAGAUGUUUAUGAUAUAUUACCUUUGGGCAAAAUUGACGCUCUUUAUGAAGAGAAGAUGAAGACUUCCAAAAUUUUUGCUGAUUUCAUCAAGGCAGUUACGUCCGAGAAAAUGCUAAACAUUCUCCAUGAUAUAGGCGUUCACAACAUUUAUAAGGAUUUUCUCACAAAGACCAAAGAAAAGGGAUUGGAUGUAGAAGGAAUAUUAAAACUUAAUAUAAGAAUAAUUGGUAUUAAAUCCUAAAAAUUAAGUCAGUAUCUAUCAUGUGCUGAACAUUUACCACUUGCAAUUUAUUAAAGCAAGUUAUACGCAAAUGUAAUAAAAAAACCUAAAUGUGAUGUAAUAAGUAUUUCUUCGUAAUUAAUAAUAAACUUGUUAUUU